AUGGGCUUGGAGAUCAAGUCAGGCAGCGAUGUUCACACUCCUGAUGCCACUGAACGACCGCCUGCCACUGACCACUCGCCUGCCGAGCCCAGUGUUAGCGAAAAGGAUGGUUCCGCCACGCCAGAACAAGAAGCAGGAGACACGGAGCCAGUGAAAAUGAGCAAUCUCCGGUGGUUCAGUGUAUGCGUUGGGCUGUACUUGACCGCGUUUCUAUACGGCCUAGACUCCACGAUUGCUGCAGAUGUGCAAGGGCCCAUCUUGGCUUCUCUUGGUGACCUGAGCUUGUUGCCAUGGGUCGGUACUGGAUUUCUACUCGGAUCAGUCGCCACCAUCUCUCUGUUCGGCUCCCUGUAUACUAAGGCAGAGGUCAAAUGGUUAUACCUAGGCAGCAUUGUCGCCUUUGAGGUCGGCAGUGCAAUUUGUGGUGCAGCCCCCAGUAUGCAGGCCAUGGCAAUCGGCAGAGUCGUGGCAGGAAUAGGCGGAACAGGCAUCUAUCUUGGAUGCAUGACCUACAUCUCCAUUUUCCCAGCUCCAGCCCAAAGGCCACUCUACACUGCCUUGAUUAGCGCAUUCUGGGGUCUAGGUGCUGUCCUUGGACCUGUCAUCGGCGGCGGAUUUGCUCAAAGUAAAGCAACUUGGCGUUGGGCCUUCUAUAUCAAUCUUGUUCUAGCGGUAGUUACUGCCCCAAUCUACAUCUUCUGGUUCCCGCGCCACGGUGCACAUCGUCACCAAAAGAUCCUACCGCGGAUCAAGAACCUGGACUGGCUUGGCGCAUUACUCAAUGCCGCGACGUUUGCUCUCUUUAUCACGGCGUGUACAUAUAGCGGCUCCCAGUGGCCAUGGAGCUCGGGCUCAGUCAUCACGCUCUGGGUCAUGACUGGGGUAACCAUGAUCCUGUAUGUGCUUCAGCAAUGGACUGCAUUCUUGACGACCAAAGAAGAUCGAAUAUUCCCAGUUUGGUGCCUCAAAAGCCGGUCGAUGAUUAUGCUGUACAUCGGGACUGCCGGCUGCAGUGCUGUCAACUUCUUCAACAUCUACUACAUUCCUCUCUUUUUCGAAUUCACAAAGGGAGAUGGCGCUAUCGCGGUCGCGGGCCGACUUCUGCCUUUUAUAUUCCUCCUUAUAUUUACCGCCCUUUUAUCCGGAGUUCUUUUGCCGAAAUUCAGCAUGUAUGCCGCAUGGUACGUUAUUUCCGGCGUCAUGGCGUUGGUGGGAAGCGUGCUCAUGUUCCGCAUCUCCACUUCAACGCCUAUUGCAAACAUCUAUGGGUUUGAAGUCUUGAUCGGGGCCGGGUGUGGAUUAACACUACAGGCAGCCUACUCAAUCGCCCUUGCCAAAUCUCCAGCUGAGAAGGCAACAUCUGCCAUCAGCUUCAUCAAUGUGGCACAACUAGGCGGCGGAGCCUUAGCAUUAGCUAUAAGUGGAACAAUAUUUCAGAACGUUGGUUUCAAUACCUUGCAAGGCGCCCUCGACGGCAAGGGGUAUUCCUCUAGUGAGAUUCGUGCGGCACUCGCUGGGGGAUAUUCUGAUAUCAUUAGCAACAGCACUGCUGAAGUACGUGGUAUCACGUCGGAUGCUAUCGGAACCACUAUCGCCAAUGUCUAUGGCAUAUCAAUUUCGGGAGCAGCGGCGGUCCUAGCUGUAGGGCUUCUCAUGCGGUGGGAAAAGGUAAAAAUGACCUGA